CCGAUCUAUGUUUCAACGCCAUAGUUUAAGCAUGACAUCAAAUUACAAACCAAAGUGCUUGUUUACUCUGAGUUUGUGAAUUGUUAAGCAACGAAACUACAAUUUCAAGUGGAUCUAAACGUAAUUGUAUUUAUUAGUGCCUAAGUAAUUACGUGUACGUUAGAAAAUGGCUAAGCAUCAUCCUGAUUUGAUCUUCUGCAGAAAACAACCAGGUGUCGCUAUUGGAAGAUUGUGCGAGAAAUGUGACGGUAAAUGUGUGAUAUGCGAUUCGUACGUGCGACCGUGCACUCUUGUCAGAAUUUGCGACGAAUGCAAUUACGGGUCCUAUCAGGGUCGAUGCGUUAUCUGCGGUGGACCCGGCGUCUNAUUAUCAACUGUCGAUUUUGGCUAA